AUGAAAAUAGAAAAUAUUGAAUGGAUAAUUUUACUACAAUGUGAUCAUUUUACAUAUGUUUCACCAUUUUUAACUACAAUUAAACAUGAAAAUAUUCAAAUUGAUUCAUGUACUGAAUCAAUUCGUAUUGGUGAUAAAACAUUUGCCGAUUUAACAAUAAAUACAUUACAUUUUCGUUUAUGUAAUUUAACGGAUUUAAAUGAUCAAUUAUUUUCAAAAAUAAAAUUAUUAGAAAAAUUUUCAAUUGAAAAUUCAAGAAUUAAAUUACAAUUUCCGCAAACAAUAUUUAAUGUUGAUUCAUUUCAAACAUUAAAAAGUUUAUCAUUAAAAAAUAUUUAUUAUAUGUAUGAUAGUAUAAAUAAUAGAAAAAAAAUAACUUUAGAUUAUUUAUUAAAACAAUUACCAUUAUUAAUAUGUUUAGAAGUACAAAAUGUUGUAUUGGAUAAUGAUCAAUUAUUAUCAUCAUCAUCAUCAAAUCAUUUAAUUGGACAAAAUUUAAAACAUUUAAGUUUAACAAAUACAAAGUUCAAACUUAAUAGAAGAUAUUGA